CUUUCAAUAGCUGGGCGUUGUACCGUUAAAUGACUCACGCGGAAACGUUGAUCAAAUAUUGGCGUGUUUAAGUCAGUUUUUACCUCUAACUUUUAUUGCGAAGAAAAUCACUAAUAUACAGUCAAAAUGCCUAUGAAAUUCGGUGGAGGCGAUAAAUGUGCAUCAUGCGAGAAAACAGUCUAUCCACAAGAAAAACAAGAAGCUGGUGGUAAAAACUUCCACAAGAACUGCUUUAAAUGUACCAACUGUAAAAUGGCGCUAAAGUUGAACAACUACGCACAAGCACACGGCAUUUUAUACUGCAAGAAACAUUUUCAAGAGCAAGUCACCGCCAAAAAUACACAGUCAGAAGUUGCCUAUUAAAGCUCUGAAAUAGACAAACAGUGUAGUGAAAGUAGUAAAAGGGGUUAUCUUAAACUUUUCUUUAUUUACUGCAUUCGAUCUUAAGCGCACUGGCAUGCGACGAAUAACUUGUGAAAUUGGGUAUGCAGAUAUUCAUGUUCGUGGUUUUUCUGUGGGCAACUGCAGUUGUCACUCAUGAUCUGACACAAUUAAUCUAACCCGCCGAUAAAACAUCUAUAGUUCAACAAAAUGUGAUAUGCUUACUCAAGCAUCAAAAUCCAAGCAUUGAAAAACAACCAGUUCACUCCUUUGUGAUCAUUCGGGUCUAUCCAAUUUCACAAGUUAUACGUCACACCCGUGUCGACAAAAAGCGCCAAUGUAAACUGCACAGACGAUGACAACUAAGUCAGCAAAUUACCAAAGAAUAUGCAGUCCAUCAUAGUUCCUUUAAGUAUGGAUCUCCUUCUAGUAGAAUAUAUAGUUAAUAAACGAAAUUUCUCUCAUCAUGUAUGUACCUUUAUUGGAUACUAAACGACGCAUGACAACAGCAGAUCACGUUCAGUACAAUAAGAAAUAAGAAUUUGAUUUGUAGGAAUUAUCAAUCUAUCAAGGCCUUACUGACGUUAUAUUCAAAUUUUGUUUGAUUUAAAAAUAUUGUAAUCUUAUUGGUUAAUAAAACUGAUUUUAAAAUUUA